AUGGUGGCGUAUGAGCUGAAAAACCAGGCCUCUGUGAUCAGUGGGGGCGAAACCCGGAGUGGCAUGUCCAUUCAAGACCGCGAUAAUGCCCAUCUCCGGCGUAUGGGAAAAAAGCCUGUUCUUAAGCGUAACUUCGGCAUUCUCUCGAUCCUGGGCUUCAGUUGUACUGUCCUCGGUACCUGGGAGGGUAUGCUUGGGACCUUCCUGAGCCCUGUUACAAAUGGCGGCCCAGGGGGCGCGGUGUACGGCUUCAUCUUCGCAUGGGUUGGGACUGUCUGCAUUUUUGUGGUCUUGUCGGAAUUGGCAUCGAUGGCUCCCACUGCGGGUGGCCAAUAUCACUGGGCUGCCAUGCUUGCCCCGAUCAAAUUCCAGAAAUUCCUCAGUUACAUCACGGGUUGGUUUACCAUAAUCGGCUGGCAGUGCGGGUUUGCCGCCAGUGCCUUUCUUACCGGAACCAUGAUCCAAGGCACGGCGGUCCUGGCCCACUCUAAGUAUGAUGCCCUGCCGUGGCAGGGAACGUUGAUUGUUUGGCUGGCUUUGCUGGUCGCAUUGUUGGUGAACUUGGCUGGUGGAAAGCUUCUGCCCCGACUUGAGGCCGUUGUCCUAGUUGUGCACGUCCUUGGAUUCUUCGGCAUCAUGAUUCCCUUAGUGUAUAUGUCUGACCACGCGGCGACCCAUGAUGUUUUUCUGUCUUUCCAGAACGAUGGUGAAUUUGCCACCCAGGGGCUGUCCUGGUUUGUUGGGAUGACGAGCCUAGGAUUUGCGUUCGCUGGCGGCGAUGCCGCUGUCCACAUGGCUGAGGAGAUCGUAAAUGCGGCGCGCGUCAUCCCUCAGGCUCUCCUACUGAGUGUCGGUAUCAACGGCUGCCUAGGGUUUGGCAUGUUGAUUGCGAUGCUCUUCUGCGCUAGCGACCUGAAAUCCGCGCUAGAGUCACCCACGGGAUACCCGUUCAUGGCGAUCUUCUUCCAAGCAACUAAUUCGCUGCCAGGGACUUUAGCCAUGAUUUCGAUUGUCCUGGUUAUUUACUGUUGCGCGAUCAUGGGACUGCUAGCCGCUGCGUCCCGUCAGCUCUGGUCCUUUGCCCGAGACAGGGGUGUCCCUGGAUGGAGGUGGUGGAGCAACGUCUCUCCGUCUAAUCAGUUACCGAUCUAUUCUGUCAUACUUUCCGUCGCCAUCUCUACUCUCCUGGCCCUUAUCAACAUUGGCUCCAGUGUGGCUCUAGGGGAUAUCCUUUCUAUGGCCGUGUCUGGCCUGUACCUGUCGUACCUCACGAUUUCUGUCCUGCUUCUCUUCCGCCGCGUCCGGGGAGACAUUAGCCUCUAUAACGACAACGAGGACGACAUUAUCAACGUGCCUGGUUCGAAGCUGGUCUGGGGAACAUUCCGUUGCCCUGGUGUCUUUGGUACUUUGGUGAAUCUCUUUGCCGUCAUCUACAUCACUAUAAUCAUUUUCUUCAGCUUCUGGCCCUCGAAAAUGAAUCCCGGUGUGGAUGGUAUGAACUAUAGCGUUGUCGGUAUCGGCGGCUGCACCAUCCUUGCCACGCUGUAUUACUUUGUGCGCGCCCGCAAGAUUUACACUGGUCCUAUCGUGGAGACUUCGGACAUGUCGAUGUAA